CGCGCAAGCCAGUCGCGCGCCGACCGCCGAUGAGGCAACACGCGCAAACGAAGACCGUUUGUUACGGACACCCGUGUUAACACAUUCGCUGUGAUUUGUUUUGAGUGUGACGUCACUUGUGAAGUGCACCCGGUCGGGACGUUUUUUUUUUUAAGUUGUGUAGUUCAUGUGCAUAAUGAGGUUGUACUCUGCGUUAUGAAUGGACUGGAACGCUGCUUUUUCGAUCAACGCACUUGACAGUACGUGACCGCGGUUUGUUCUGCUUUUCAUUUGGAGAGACGAGCUGACGGUUAAACUGAUGAAAAGCGGCUAUCGGGGUCUACAAGGCCUGGGCCGACUGCACCCGUACGGCUCGGGCAGCGGUUCCAGUAGCGACAGCGGUCGGCAUCGCACCCGGAGCCGCGGCCUCUCGGACUCGCCCACAGCGCCCACCACGCCAACGUCGGCCUCCGAUAACGCUUCGGACGCGACUCUGACGGACUCGGAGCUGCCUCUAGCAAGAGACUCAACACUUCUCGUGCAGAACGGUAUGCUGAGAUCUACAUACGACCGGCCUGAUCACGAACGUUGUCUUCUUGAAGGUUCCCGGCUACCGCCCGAUGUGCCACCCAGAAACCCGACCAUAUCUCGGCUGAACGGCCGCAUAACGGGCAACCCCGCCGACCUCGCUGACUUCGAACCGUCGUGUUUGGUCCGCACACCUUCGGGAAACUUCUACGUGCCUUCAGGAGACAUCCAAAAAAAUCCUUCAAUGGAUUACAAGUCGAAUUCGUCGUGCAGCAGUCCGGGGAAACAAGACAAAAACACCCUGGAGAGGAUGGAUCGGGGCGACCGGGCCCAUCCCGCGUUCGGAGCCCCGGUGCCCGUGCUGCCUGUGAGGAACAACCUCAGGGCCACCCACUUCCCUCCGACCGCUUCCAGGUUCCACUUCAGGAAGGGCCUCUCUUCACGGUGCUCGUGGAAAUGCACCGCUAUCGUCUUUAUAAUACUCUUCGUUCUACUUUUAGCGAUCGCUUCUUAUAUGUCAGCAUCUUACUUCGUCAACUGGUCAUAUCAAAACUCGAAAGCGUGCACAGUUAUAGUUGGCGAAUCGACGGAGAUGUUCUCGGCUUCGAAAGCGACCACUCUCGAAGCGAGCAACAAAUCUCUCGCGAGACCUCAUCAGGGCUCGUCCUCGUCGAACUUAGGUAACGAGCAAAACCAUUCCCGACACCGUAGGAGCGUAGAUGUAGAAGGGCAUGCUUCUGUACAACCUAUCUCUACUAUGGAUCUUUCCACUGCUGUAAAUAGUGUGCAUGAUAUCUCUCCGCCUUCCACUGUUAGCUUGCCGCAUGGUGUGACGUCGACCACUUCCGCUCAAGUAAGUGAAGAAAAUGGGGAUGCUAAUGCUUUUGUGUCUGCUAAUACCGGUGAUCUAACCAAGGGAUCGCUUACAACGCGUGACGACGAUAAAAUAACAACGGUACCUAGUUCGACUGUAAGAGUUACAAGUGCUAUUAAUUUGAAUGAAAAUUUUGAUAAUGCUGAUGAUGUAACAGACAAAACUAAACCAUUACAUGUUAACCGACUAAUUGAAAUUCCGGUUUUCGAAAAAUCCACUAUGGCAACAAAAAGAGAACAAGAGGAUAUUGCUUACGAUCCAGACGACAUGCAAGGGGACGCUUUCCCGUCUAUAUACGCAUACGGUAAUCAAAAGCGUCAAUACCUUAAAAUUUUAGAGAGACUAAGAGAGGCGUAUCAAAAAAUUCAUAUCUACAACGAUACGGUGAAAAUUGACAAGAAUUUAGAUAAAUUUCAUUAUGAUAGUGACAAUAAUGACAAAAUUGACGCUGUUCCUAGAACAACAUCAACUGUAAAAGUAAUAGCUGAUACUGAAACACCUGAAAUGAUUCAAACUAAAACAAGUACAGAAACAUCUUUAACCAGUGAAAUAACCGUUAAGACUCCAGUAAUAACUACACCAAUAGUUAGGGCUAUCACGCAGAAUGAAUUUAAUUCACCCGAGUUUGUCACUACUACACCAGCACCAAGUGUUUUUACUACCAAUAACCUUAUCACAACCACAACAACAGCCACGCAGGAAGCGUCGGAUGAAAAUGUAACACCGACUGUAAAUAUUGCUGAAGCGAGAACCUCGGAUGUGACUAAUCCUAAACGCGUUUUAAUUAAUCUAACAAUAUCAGCUGAUGACGCCGAUUCGUCCUAUAAACCGCUUUAUUCAUUGACAGUAACAGUUCCAACUGUAGGAGCCCCGAAUGAGUUACCUACGGUCAAAAUUACUCCAAUGGACGUUGAGCCAACGCAGUCCAUGAAAUUCGAUAAACCUGUUGUACUAGAUGGAAUAAGUAAUCAGGUUAACACAACAACUGAAGUACCAAAAGUCGCUACGCCUGAGAACACUGAAGAUUGGGGUGGAAUCUGUGAAUGUUCUUGCCCGAUUUGUGGCUCUAACAACACAGAUGAUUUUUAUGAUGAUUACACAGACAAAUCUAGUACAACGGAAAGUAUUCCAGCUUCAACUGAGGGUGUAGAUAGUACACCGAUAGAAACAACGACAGAAAAUGAACCAAUUGAAAGCAAAACAGGAACAAAUCCGGAAACAACCACAGAAACUCUAUCAACGACUGACCUCAUUGAUACAGACUCUACAAUGGAACCGACAACAUAUCCUGAAGCUUCGACCACAGAAGUCACACAAUGUGUCUGCCCAAAAGUUAAUCCUCCCAUUAUUCUAAUAUUAGAAGGUGGGCGGACCUUUCCUGCUCAGUCGUUCCCGCCAGACGGAACGACAUUCAAACAAAUAACUUUAGGCGAAAAAUUAUCAAAAGAAAUCCCUCCAUAUAGUUAUUGGAACAUGCAGUUCUAUCAAUCACAGUCUUCGUACGUGAAUUUCGACUACUUGAUACCGCGUGGCGCGUCGAUUGGUGUUUAUGCGAGGCGAAACGCGUUGCCAACGCACACUCAGUAUAACUUCUUAGAGGUCCUGACCGGAUUCAAGGCUCGGACUACGAGGGCCUCGUAUCCAUCCGUAAAGAAAGAGGUAACCCAUUACAUGGAACAAGGACCCUGGUUCCUUUCUUUGUACAACGAUGACGGCGAUCCUCAGGAGAUCUCGUUCGUUGCAUUGGUAGCUGAAGAAAUGACACACAACUGUCCUAAUGGAUGCUCUGGAAAAGGAGAGUGCCUGAUGGGCCAUUGUCAAUGUCAGCCCGGCUUCGGAGGCGACGAUUGCAGCAAAAGUGUGUGCCCUGUCCUCUGCAGCCAACGUGGCGAGUACAUCAACGGCGAAUGUCAAUGCAACCCGGGCUGGAAAGGGAAGGAAUGCUCACUGAGACACGACGAAUGCGAGGUACCGGACUGCAACGGGCACGGACAUUGCGUCAACGGAAAGUGCUCCUGUGUCAGAGGAUACAAGGGCAAGUUCUGCGGCGAGAUCGACUGUCCCCACCCGACGUGCUCGGGUCACGGGUUUUGCAUCGAAGGAACCUGCGUCUGUAAGAAAGGAUGGAAAGGAGCCGAUUGCGGGACUAUGGAUAAAGACGCUUUGCAGUGCUUGCCGGAUUGUUCGGGACACGGAACCUUUGACGUAGAUACACAGACUUGCUCUUGUCACGCUAAGUGGUCCGGGGAGGACUGCUCUAAAGAAGUGUGUUCGUUGGAAUGCGGUCCGCACGGGCGCUGCGUUGGGGAGUCGUGCUCAUGCGCCGCGGGCUGGUCGGGCGAGUUCUGCUCGGUGCGGCUGUGCGACGCGCGCUGCGCUGAACACGGACAGUGCAAGAACGGCACCUGCCUGUGCGUGUCGGGAUGGAACGGACGACACUGCACGCUGGAAGGGUGUCCGCGCAGCUGCGCCGGCCACGGACAGUGCCGCGUGGACAACGACGGCCGCUGGGAGUGCAAGUGCUUCGACGGCUGGGACGGCCCGGACUGCACCACGCUCAAAGAACAGAUCUGCGACGACUCCAGGGAUAAUGAUAAAGACGGACUAGUGGACUGCGAAGAUCCAGAGUGCUGUCAGAGUCCAGCCUGCAAGAGCAGUCAGCUCUGCGUGUCGUCACCCAAACCCACAGACAUUUUGCUCCGGAAGCAGCCGCCCGCCAUAACCGCGUCGUUCUUCGAGCGAAUGAAAUUCCUCAUAGACGAGGGUAGUUUGCAAAAUUACGCGAAACAAGAGACGUUCAACGAAAGUCGCUCAGCGGUGAUCCGUGGUCGUGUGAUCACGACCUUGGGUUCUGGAUUAGUCGGAGUCAGGGUCUCCACGUCUACUCCUUUGGAAGGCUUCACUCUGACGAGGGAGGACGGUUGGUUCGACCUCCUGGUCAAUGGAGGCGGAGCUGUGACCUUGCACUUUGGUAGAUCGCCGUUCAAAAGGUCCACACAAGUGGUCUUCGUGCCGUGGAAUGAAGUGGUGAUCAUCGAAGAAGUGGUUAUGACCACAGCUGACGAGAAGACUGGCAUGGGACCUCCUCAGGCGUGUUUGGCUCACGACUACGAUAUGAUGAAGCCCGUUGUUCUUGCCACGUGGAAACAUGGGUUCCAGGGCGCUUGUCCAGAUAAAAGCGCUAUACUGGCCGAAUCACAGGUGGUCCAGGAAAGUCUGCAGAUACCAGGAACUGGCUUAAACCUGGUAUAUCACAGCUCUCGCGCAGCCGGCUAUCUCUCCACCAUACAACUUCAGCUCACCCCCGAGAUAGUUCCACCGACUCUAGCCCUUAUCCACCUCCGCAUUACCAUCGAGGGGAUUCUCUUCGAGAAGACUUUUGAAGCGGAUCCGAUAAUAAAAUUCACUUACUCGUGGAAUCGUCUUAAUGUGUACCGUCAAAGAGUGUACGGAGUGACCACGGCUCUGGUCAAAGUCGGUUAUCAGUACACGGACUGCAAGGACAUCAUAUGGAACGUGCAGACGACAAAGUUGAGCGGCCACGAUAUGAGCAUAUCUGAUGUUGGUGGCUGGAACCUGGAUAUACAUCAUAGAUACAAUUUCCAUGAAGGUAUACUCCAAAAAGGCGACGGCACCAACAUCUACCUGAAGCACAAGCCUCGUCUCAUCAUCACCACAAUGGGAGACGGCCGCCAGCGUAAGCUUGAGUGCGGAUCCGAAUGCAUCGGGCCGGCCACUAAACAGAGACUGCUGGCUCCGGUCGCGCUUGCCGCCGCUCCUGACGGGUCCAUCUUUGUCGGAGACUUCAACCUGGUCAGGAAGAUCAAUACCGAUGGCACCGUGCGAACUCUGGUCAAAUUGAACGCCACUCGUGUUUCUUACCGCUACCACAUGGCGCUCUCACCGCUGGACGGGACGCUUUACAUCUCCGAUCCUGAAUCACACCAGAUCAUCAAGGUCCACAACACCGAAGACUUCAGCGAUCCAGAACAUAACUGGGAAACCGUAGUCGGGUCUGGUGAAAGGUGCCUUCCUGGGGAUGAAGCUCACUGCGGAGACGGUGCAUUGGCUAGGGACGCCAAGCUCGCUUACCCCAAAGGCGUGGCCGUUUCAGUGGACAACGUCGUUUACUUCGCAGAUGGCACCAACAUCCGUAUGGUAGACCGCGACGGAAUCAUCACAACUGUAAUCGGAAACCACAUGCAUAGGGCGCACUGGAAACCGAUCCCUUGUGAGGGGACUCUGAGUGUUGAAGAAGUUCACUUGCGCUGGCCAACGGAACUAGCCAUCAAUCCUUUAGACAACAGCUUGCACAUAAUAGAUGACCACAUGAUAUUGCAAAUGGCACCUGAUGGGAGAGUCAAAGUGAUCGCUGGACGACCGUUGCACUGUCCCGCACCAGUAAGCGGGUACGACAUGGAACUGGCUACAUACGCCACAUUGGUGAUGCCUCAAAGCAUAGCAUUCGGAGCGGCAGGGGAUUUGUACGUCGCAGAAAGUGACUCCCAGAGAAUCAACAGAGUUAGACUUAUCACCACUGAUGGCAAAAUAUCUUUGUACGCCGGAGCCGAGUCUAAAUGUAAUUGCUUAGAAAGAGGCUGCGACUGCUUCGAAGCCGAUCAUUUCUUAGCGUCCAAUUCAAAAUUCAAUACUAUCUCAGCUGUGGUUGUCAGUCCGGAUGGUAUUGUCCACAUUGCCGAUCAGGCCAAUUACAGGAUUCGGUCAGUGAUGGCGAGUAUUCCUGAUGCUAGCGGAACAAGAGAAUACGAAAUAUACUCACCGGAUACGCAAGAAAUAUACAUAUUUAACAGAUUCGGUCAGCACGUGAUGACCAAAAACAUUCUGACGGGAGAAGACAACUACGUAUUCACGUAUACCGUAAACACGAGGAACGGUAAGCUGAGUACUGUCACGGACGCCGCCGGGAACAAAGUGUUCUUGCUUCGAGAUUAUUCCAGCCUCGUUAAUUCGAUCGAAAAUACGAAAGGUCAAAAAUGCAGACUCAAAAUGUCCCGGAUGAAAAUGCUCCAAGAACUCCGCACCCCGGAUAACUUUAAUGUUACAUUCGACUAUCAUCGCACAACCGGGCUUCUCAAAUCCAAAUACGACAGCACUGGACGCAGCUACAUCUACAACUACGAUGAGUUCGGUAGACUGACGUCGGCUGUGACGCCGACCGGUAGAAUCAUAAACCUGACCUUCGAUCUCGGACUCAAAGGCGCGAUUGUUCGUGUGAGUGAAAAUAACAGAAAACCAGUCUCCAUAUUAAUCAAGGGAUCCUCUGUGAAUACCAAAAUCGGGGAAGCAGAAAAGAAAACGAUAAUUUCAACUGACGGUAGCAUUUCUUCCAGCAUGCCUUGGGGACAUGUUAUCUCAACUGAUACUGUUCCUUACACAAUUUUAGCUGAAAUCGACCCAAUAUUAGGAGAGAGCUAUCCAGUACCGGCUAAACAAAGGACUGAAGUCGGCGGCGACUUGGCUAACCGAUUCGAAUGGCGCUACUUCUUGCGAAGACUGAUGUCAAGCAAAGGAAAGAGCAGCAAGGCCGUCGCUCAGAUUGGCCGUAAGCUGAGAGUGAACGGUGAGAACCUACUCACGCUUGAGUACGACAGAGAUACCUCUACAGUCGCAGUUUUCAUGGACGAUAAGUACGAACUCCUGAAUGUGACUUACGACCGAACCGCCAGACCAGUUAAAUGGGGCCCAAGAAGUGGCAUAUUCUCUGAAGUGGAAUUAGAAUACGAUAGAUUCAAUAGAUUAACCCGUUGGAGCUGGGGCGAUUUGAACGAAACCUAUGGAUUUGAUAGAGCGGGAAGAUUACACGAGAUAAGAUAUGGCGAUGGUUCUUCAUUGGCUUACUCAUUUAGAGAUAUGUUCACUAGUCUUCCGUUGAAAGUCACCACACCAAGAGGAAGCGAUUACCUUUUGGAUUACGAUGAUUCUGGCGCACUGCAAAAUCUCACCACUCCACGGGGCCAUAUUCACACUUUCGCUCUCAUGACAUCACUCGGCUAUUUCAAGUACCAGUAUUUCUCUCCGAUGAACAGGCACCCAUACGAAAUAUUUUACAAUGAUGACGGACAUAUCCUCUCGAAGAUAUUCCCUCAUCAAUCCGGGAAAAUCCUUUACGUAUACGACGGCACCGGUAAACUGGAAACCGUCCUAGCUGGAGCCUCCGCUAUUCGCUACGUGUACCACGACAAUACGCACCUAGUCAAAAACGUCGAGAUCUCCGAUCCAGAUUACGACUUGAAACAAGAUUACAAAUACCACGCAGGAAUACUGAAAGACGCGAAAAUGAAAUUCAAUUCAAAAAGCGGCCUCAAUAACGCACACUUCAAGUAUCAAUACGAUGGUAACGCUAGGCUUUCCACAAUUGAUGUCAACAUCAAUAGCAAGGAAAUGCCGCAGCUGAGGCUGAAAUACAAUCAAAACCUCGGCAGCCUUGAGGCGGUCAGCGACCUGAGGAUCUACAGGAACACGUUCAAUCGCACCGUCAUGCAAGACACCAGUAAACAGUUCUUCACUAUUACCGACUACGAUGACCACGGCAGAAUAAAAACAUUUUUAAUUAACAUCAAAGCUUUUGACGUCUUCCGCUUAGAACUAGAAUACGACGCGAGAAAUCGAAUCAAAACGAAGAAGCUCAUGAUCGGCGACACCGCCUUCAGCGAACGAAUAAGCUACAACUACGACGGGCAUCUGAUGGAAGUGGUCGGCUCGGAGGACGACCUUAAAUACAACUACGACGAGAACGGCAACGUCAUUGGCAUUAUCGAGCACGGCGAGAAACGUUAUCUCGGCUACGACAUCGGCGACCGAGUCGUUCAGUACGGCGACGUCGAGUUCAGCAGCUACGACGGCCGCGGCUUCGUCGUGAGGCGCGGGGAGCAGAAGUACCGAUAUAACUCGCGAGGCCAGUUCGUACACGCGUUCGAGAGAGACAAGUUCCAAACGUGGUACUACUACGACGACAGGAGCCGGCUAGUCGCGUGGAAGGACGACAAAAACAACAUAACGCAGUUCUUCUACGCCAACCCCCAAACGCCCACCCUGAUUACGCACAUGCACCAUCCUAAAACGGAAAAGACCGUCAGACUACUGUACGAUCAGAGAGACUUCCUAACGUGCAUCGAAACAGAAGAACAAAGGUUCUACGUAGCUACAGACCACAAUGGAUCGCCUCUAGCCGUGUUUGAUGUAAAGGGCGAUAUUGUAAAAGAAAUAAAGCGGAGUCCGUUCGGAAAGAUCAUCAAGGACUCCAACCCUAGUUUCUACGUACCUGUAGAUUUCCACGGCGGCAUAUUUGACUAUAACACCAACUUGAUAUAUUUGGAGAACAGACUUUACGAUCCCGUAGUGGGACAGUGGAUGACGCCCAGCUGGGAACACCUGGCCACGAAACUGAGUCUCCCAACAGACAUAUUCAUAUAUAGAUUCAAGAACAACGAUCCAAUCAACAAACAGCAGAACGUUCCGUACAUGACCAGCCUGAAUAGCUGGCUGCAACUCUACGGGUACGAUCUCAAUAAAAUGAUGGGAUCUAAAUACAUCAACGAUAUGAUAUUCCAGCCGAUGACGUCAGUGACUGCGGCGCAAUUGGCACCCGAUUUCGGUGUGAUGUCCGGACUACAAUGUAUCAUUGAAAAGGUCAACGACAAGCUUUCCGACAUAGAAUUCGUACCAACACCCUUACUCAAGAUGGAGCCCAUCACGAGAAACCUUCUGCCGCGAGUCUCGUACAAGCGUGGCGUAUUUGGCGAAGGCGUUCUCAUCUCGAGGGUCGACGGCAGAGCGUUUAUAAGCGUCGCGGACGGAGCCAACAGCGUCGUCGAAGACGUUAUCACGACUGUCUUCAACAACUCUUACUUCCUGGAUGUGCACUUCAGUAUCCACGACCAGGACGUCUUCUAUUUCGUGAAGGAUAAUUCACUUAAGAUCCGGGAUGACAUGGAGGAACUGAGGCGGCUGUCGGGGAAAUUCAACGUGUCUCAAGACGAAACUAACGACCAGGGACUAGAGGUCCGGGUUCACGCUGUGGGUAAGGGCUCUGCUCAAGCUGUCAUAGUACUCCGUUACGGAGUCGACCCGGCCCAAGAGCGAAUCAAAUUACUGAAGCACGCUCACAAACGUGCCGCUACCAGGGCUUGGGAGAGGGAGAAAGCUCUCGUGGCGGCCGGCUGGGAAGGGCGGGGCUCCUGGACCGAGGAAGAGAAGGAGGAACUCAUUUCUCACGGUAUCGUAGACGGCUGGGCAGCGAGAGACGUCCAUUCCAUAUCGAAGUACCCGCAGCUCGCCGACGAUCCGGCCAACAUUGUCUUCGUGCGCGACGGGAGAAGGAAACGAAGAAAGAGUGGCCGCUCUCGUCACCGCUCGUGACUUCCUAAAGCCUACGUCAAACGACGCCAUCUUGAAUUGAAAAACUGAAACUAGCCCCUUGACUGGGUUCAGUGUGCUUAGUGCGAGUUUUUUAACGCUCUCGAUAGCGUAAAAGUUAGCUCUUAUUUGUAUGAAAUGGGAUCGUUUGUGUACGUUUGCCGCUAGGGGCGCUAUCCAAUUGCAUACAAAAUUGGCUUAACUUUUACGCUAUCGAGAACGUUAAACAACUCGCACUAAGCACACAGUUCUUCAAAAGUUAUUAUUAUUUUUGUAUUUCGCGUGUGUCGGAAGGGAACGAGGUAGAGACUUCAAAGUUUGAGAUAGGAUAUUAAAACGACUGUAGGACUGAGUGUUGUGAGAGAGGUUAGGGUUACGAAACGAUACGGUUGGCCGAGCGAACGAUACGAUGCGUCAUUUCGCUUAACGUAUUUAGGCGCGUAAAUACUUUAGCUUGUUUUUUUCAUCUCAUCGUACUGGAGCAGAAUCUCGAGACAACAGACUACAGGGUACCGAGUCAUAAAUAAAAUAAAACAUAAAAAACGAACAAACCGAACAUAAUAAUACACAAAUGAAAACGUUAAUACUCAAAUCGAUCACAAUUCGUUUUAUCUCAUCGAUGAUAUUAUUUUAAUUAAACCCCUAAUUAAUUUAGAAUAUUGUUAAUCCCAUAAUACAUCACGUAGUUUUUAAUUUAUCACAUGUAUUCCUAUCACGUUUUAGCCAAAUAUUUCGUUCUAUCCAUACUAUUUAGGUGUUUGUAAAUAGUAUUAAAGAAUAUUUUAUUCUUGUAGUCGUUCCUUUAUAGACCUAAGGUCAUUUUUACUUCGCAAUACUAUGGAAUCUAUUAAGCAAUAAUCUUUAUAUCUUUUAUAAUAUAAUCCAAUGAAUUAUUUUAUUAUUAUUUUUCAAUUUAAAUUAUUUAAUGCUCUAUGCUUGAAAGGAAUAAGGUCGAUAUUUCGACGAGCCAACUCUCAUAUCUUACUUAGCUUUGUUUCUUUCAGUAGUUCUCACUAGCCCCACUGUAGAUCUGCCUCUAAAUUAUUAAUGUAUAGAAAUUGUAUUUAAACGUACAGAGAACGGUAAUACGUACAUUCAGCAUGUGUUGUGCAAUAAUCGAAAGGUAGGCUACUAAAUAACUGUUUAGGCGUCUUCUCGCUGGCUUCAAACAUUCUUAGAGACUGAACCCUUUAGUUUUGGUUCUCAUUUAAGGCACUGCGUAAAUUUCUAAACCUUAAGCAGCCCACAAACGAUCCGCUGAACAGGUCAGAUCAGACUGACACUUUUCAUCAGCCGUCCUCAAUAUACUUCACCCCUCGCGUGUUACUUAUCUACCGUUGAAGCUUAUGAAAAUAAAUAAAUAAAACAAUUUAAAAAGUUUACGUGGUGGUCAACAUUCUGUUUAUUCCCAAAAAGAAAAGCCAGCGAGAUGAUUUUUGUAAUUUUUAAUGUAGAAUUAUUUUAUAGUAUAUGUCCAUGAAUGUGUCUCAUUUGUAUUGUGGUGUCUAAUCUGUGUUAGUGGUACUAAUUAACUGCUAGGUGACUGAGUGAAUAAUGAUGGAUGAUAUUUUUACAUAUGGAGUGAAACUUUAGACAGAAUCAGUACCAAAAUGUUUUAACAAAACUCUUUUGAAUUUCGCUAUUUUCCCUUUUUUUUUUAAUAGUAACUUUUUUUUGUUCUUUUGUAAUGAAAUUAGUCAUUAUCCUUUUUGUUUACUUAAUAUUUUGGACUGAUUUUAUCUAAAGUUACGGUGUCGGAAUAGAAAUACAGCUGUGGUUGCUCCUGGGUCCGCCGGUGCGGGCGGAUUCAUGCGAUGGUGAUAUUUUUGCAAAAUGUGACUAAACGAAGCAAUACUUUGUAAUAAUAAAUACGUCUUAAACUUUAUUUAGGUAUUUAAUUAAGGUGUAUUUUUAAUUUUUAAAUAUAUAAUAAUUAUUAUUGAAUAUAUUAUCUAUUGUGAAUGUAGUUAUUGAUUUCGCGGUGAUAUAUAAAAAAAAAACAGUAUAGUUAUCUUUUUUAAUGGUGUAUAAAGAAUUCUAAUUUGUAAAUAGGUACUUAAUUAUUGUAUUGUAAUCUGUAAAAAAAAUUGUACAUAUCUCUUACGCUUGAAUUAUUUAUAAUGUAAAAUCCGUGUAAGUUAUGAUAUUGUUUUAGUUUUUUAGAUUUACGUCGAAAUGUAAUAUAAAUAUCGUGCGAUAUUUGAGUAAUGUAGCAAUAAACGGAGUGGCUACCUACCAUAUGGAUAUUAUCAAAUUUGAAAGAACUUUUAAACCAAUUUUAUACAAAUAUAUACGGUCUUUUUUUUAUUCACAUCCGAAAUAAAAUCUUUGAUUCCUGGUGAUUUAAUAACCAAUUUUAUUAUGAUUCUCAAGCCACAUGCUAAGAAGUCGAUACUCGAACUCGACGAUAGUAGAUUAACCGACCACAAUCAAAAUGGAAAACACCAAAACAGAAUAUCUUAUUUUUAAUGGUCGGUUAAUCGACGCCACUACAAAUAAGUCGUAGAAUACGCAAUAGACUGUACGGCCACACUAUUAAAAACCAUAGACAACUUUAGAAUUAUUUAGGACGCUUUAUAGAGCUUCACACUGCCAGUUUUACUUGACAGUCACAAAAUUUGACAGAAUCAGAUUGUCAGACGCAAAUGUCAAAUUACAUCUAUGAUUUUUAAACAAAUUUCAAUGCAUUAGAAACUUGAAACGUCAAGUAAAAAUGACAGUGUGGAAUCAGUUGCGAUUUUGACAGUUUUAAAGAUUUAGUGAUGGUUCCCUCUUGAGCUUUGACAUUUGUUGAUACGAACAGAAAUAAAUUAAAUUGAUUUGAUGAUAUGUUUACCUAGAACAUACAAAUAGAAGUGUAAGCGUAAAAGAAUUUAAAAUUUAUUAAAUGUAUAAUGAAAUCUUAUCAUACAAUAAUCCAUCCAUUCAUAAAGUACAUUUACUAUUUAGUUUAUUCACCCAAAUAGCUAUAUUCUUCUUCGUUACUUUCUUCAUUACAGUCGUUUCCCUGAAACUAAUAGUAAUAUAAAGAAUGUAAAUUUAUUUAUGAAAUUCAAUAAUUUUCAUUUUCAUUAAACUUAAAAUGCGAGCGGUAGAAAAAUUGUAGUGUAGAUUCGUUCCAAUUAACCCCAUUUGGGCCGUGACUUCAGUUCACCAGAUGGACAUCAAUGCCCAUUAAAAUUGAGUUCGAUUCCCUCACAAAUUAAAUACCUAAAGAAAAAAAAGUAUUCCCGUCACUCUGAAACACUAAUUCCAACACUAAUUCGGCAACAGAAGCGAGACAAAAACGAAACCAAUUCAAACACAAAAUUAACCUUUCAAUCUACACAAAUCCCAAUGUAGCUCUGAAACUCAAAUUACAAAUCAAAGCGCACAUUUUUCACGUUUUAUUUAAGCAUCUGUCAAUAUGUUCACUGUUUCGAUUCGUAUCAAUAAAACUUCAAUUUAAUUUAAUACUCUCUUGUAGAUAUAGAUCCCUCCUACUUCUGUAUGUGUAGAACGAUACAGUCCUCUGUAAUAGGGAUGGGUGCGCGUUCCGAAUGGCGAUGUAAGCAUGUACAAUAAAUAAAAAUAAUAGAAAGUAUUCUAAUGGAAUAUGUAAUAAAAAAACAUUAAAAAUACA